UGAAACUGUUGAGAUCUGUGGAUUGAGAGAUUUAGGGCUUGGCUAGAGUUAUGGCGGAAGAAGCAUCCGAGCUGAGGCCUCCACGUCGUCUAAUAGGAGUGGAAUCAAAGCGAAAGAAGCUGAAAUUGCAGGAGCAGCGUGAACGGUUGUAUGGGGACAGGGAUGAGGAUGAUGAUGAUUCAGACGAUGCCGAAAGGGAUGAAAGCGUGUCCUAUUGGUUUGAUUUGAAUGUCGGUAACCGCAAACGAUUGAUCUCCACUUGGGGAGAUAAUUAUGAGAUCGACCUUUUUGGUAGGCUUGGACUCCACUGCUACAAUCUUCAAAAGGGAACAAACUUGAAGUUUGUGCGCUGGGAAAAACAUGGCAUUGAAAGUACUGCACACGUCAGGAACUUCAUAACUUUGGAGGCAAAAGAUGAGGUCUCUGAUUCGCUCUUGUCUUUUCAGACGAUGUUAAGCGAUGCAUCAUAUGUACCCGGUUCUUUUAAGUGGACGACAUGUGCCUGCAGACUCAGAGGCAACGAGAGAGUGGAUGAUACAUGGGACGACAAGGCAGUAGCUGAUUUCUACAAAGUUGCAAUGCCCAAGUGGUCGUCUGUUGAACACUUGGCAAGUGAGAAUCUCAAGUAUUACGUGGUGCAAGAUUCAGAGCUGCAGGAGAAUGACUGGCUGCAUCUAUUCACCGAAAUAGCCUUCUACGCAAAAAAGAGGAGGGUAAUUAUUGCCUGCUUCCCGCCUGUGGAGAUCGAGAAGGUGGUCGUAGUAACUGAAGAAGACACAGCAGAUGCGCGUGAGAAGCUGAGGGCGAAAAAUGCGGUCUUCUACAUUAGUUACAAGUGCGAAGACGAAGACCACAAAGCGACAAUAAGGAGAACCAUGGAUGGGAAACCAGAACACAUGCGUCUUGAAGUUGCUUCGGAUUUCAAAGGAUGAAGAGAUCACAUAGAGACGUAUCCAUCUUCUCACUUUAAGAUAAUGUUAUGCACGAUCUUGUCUUUGG